UUGAAUCAUAUUUUAUAGCGUAGUAUGACGUGGAAUAAAAAAACACAAGUUAGUUAGGCUGUGUAGUCUAGAGAAUAGUCAACAUGUCAUCGUUUGCUGUACCAUUAAGAAUAUUCGACACUGCUCUCCUUCAUGCUCCAGUGGUGAUACCUAGUAAAAACUUUAUUGAUUCCGAUCUUGGAGUCGCACUUCUUCCUUGUACCAGUUUUUGCUUUAUUUGUUACUUUUGAACAAUGACCGUUUCGGAUGCGUCUAUUCCCGUUUGGUUGGACUGCGAUCCAGGUCACGAUGAUGCCAUGGCCAUUAUCCUCGCAGCUUACCAUCCCACCAUUCAGCUACUAGGCAUCUCUACGACGCAUGGCAAUCAAACGCUGGACAAGACCACGCUUAAUUGUGCACGUGUAGUUAAAGCUGCUGGCAUCAAGACAAAAAUAAUACCUGGUCAGGCAUUGCCGCUGGUCAAACCUUCCAUGGUGGCUCCAGAAAUCCACGGUGUAUCAGGUCUAGAUGGAACAGACCUGCUCCCUGAACCCGAUGAAGACUGUAUAGUGAAGAACGAAAAGGCCGUGUUGCAUAUGGCUCAAGUCCUGCGCGACCACCCUAGCAAAGUGACCAUCGUCGCCGUUGGCCCUUAUACCAAUGUUGCUCUCUUACUCACCUUAUUCCCUGAACUCAAGUCCAAGAUCGAGAAAAUUUCACUGAUGGGGGGCGGAAUUUACAGUGGCAAUCGCACGCCAGUCGCUGAGUUCAAUGUGCUGGUCGAUCCAGAGGCAUGCCAUAUUAUUUUCGAAAGCGGCUUACCUGUGUAUAUGGUGCCUUUGGAUGUCACACAUAAAGCGGCUGUCACUGAUAAAGUGCUGGAAGCCAUUGAAAAGAGAUGUAUGCCCGACUCCAAGUUUGCAAAAUUGAUAGUGGAUCUUUUGUUGUUCUUCAAGCACACCUACGAGAGAGUCUUUCAUCUUUACAAUGGUCCGCCCCUUCAUGACCCGUGUGCCGUUGCCAUCCUCGUUGCUCCCGAGAUAUUCACUAUUCGUCACCUUCGUGUGGAUGUGGUCACUGACCAUGGCCUGGCUCUUGGCCAAACGAUCUGUGAUGUGUAUCAAAAAUCCAUUUUGCCUGCAAACGUUCAUAUGGCCGUGGACAUUGAUCCCACUGCUUUCUUUGAAAUUAUGCUCGAUGCUUGGGUGGCUGCUGAUCAACACUCGCCACUCAACAGGCAAUGAUAGCCGUCAUAGCGAAACAGACGUAGUGGCCACAUGUCAAGGCAAGCGCUCUUCUCGGAUGGUUCCAAUUAAUAAAAAGUGUAUGGAUACACUACAGUAUC